UGAACAUAAAAAAGAUUCAACAACUAAGACAUAAACUGAACAAGUUUUACUGACAUGUGACUAACAGAAAUGGAAUAAUGUGUCCCUGAACAAAGGGGGGUCAAAAUCAAAAGUAACAGUCAGUAUCAUUAAGUACUGCAGUGCAUCUCCUCCUCAAGAACUGCACCAGUUUUGCCAGUUCUUGCUGUGAGAUGUUACCCCACUCCUCCACCAGGGCACUUGAAAGUUCCCGGACAUUUCUGGGGGGAAUGGCCCUAGCCCUCACCCUCUAAUCCAACAGGUCCCAGAAGUGUUCAAUAGGAAUGGCAGAACACUGACAUUCCUGUCUUGCAGGAAAUCAUGCACAGAACGAGCAGUAUGGCUGGGUGGCAUUGUCAUGCUGGAGGGUCAUGUCAGGAUGAGCCUGCAGGAAGGGUACCACAUGAGGUAGGAGGAUGUCUUCCCUGUAACACACAGUGUUGAGAUUGCCUGCAAUGACAACAAGCUCAGUCCGAUGAUGCUGUGAUGCAACGCCCCAGACCAUGAUGGACCCUCCACCUCCAAAUCGAUCCCGCUCCAGAGUACAGGCCUCAGUGUAAUGCUCAUUCGACAAUAAACCCAAGUCCGGCCAUCACCCCUGGUGAGAAAAAAACGUGGCUCGUCAGUGAAGAGGACUUUUUGCGAGUCCUGUCUGGUCCAGCGAAGGUGGGUUUGUGCCCAUAGGCGACGUUGUUGCCGGUGAUGUCUGGUAAGGACCUGCUUUACAACAGGCCUACAAGCCCUCAGUCCAGCCUCUCUCAGCCUAUUGUGGACAGUCUGAGCACUGAUGGAGGGAUUGUGAGUUCCUGGUGUAACUUGGGCAGUUGUUGUUGCCAUCCUGUACCUGUCCCGCAGGUGUGAUAUUCGGAUGUACCGAUCCUGUGCAGGUGUUACAUGUGGUCUGCCACUGCGAGGAUGAUCAGCUGUCCUUCCUGUCUCCCUAUAGCACUGUCUUGGAUGUCUCACAUUACAAACAUUGCACUUUAUUGCCCUGGACACAUCUGAAGUCCUCAUGCCUCCGUGCAGCAUGCCUAAGGCACGUUCAAGUAAAUAUUAUUUUAUAGUUUGUUAUCUUUACAAUGCGUCCUCAUUUAUCAGGCCUGAAGUAGGAAACCUUGUCAUAAUUAUUUGCUAAUUUGAGUAAAUUUCACAGGUAAAUAAAAUAGGUACAUUUUACUUAACGUUUCAAAGCUGGUGUUCCCAGCAAGCACCAGGCUUGAAUAAUUACUGAGCUUGCAUUGUUUCACUGUUUGCAAGUUGAUGUACACCGAUUUUAUUGUUGCUUCUAAUCAAAAUUACCCAUUCAUGAUAAAAUAAAUAAAUAAAACUAUCUGUUGAUUGUUACCAUCAACGUGAUUUGUGCACCAAGUGUUCAGGUCUGUGUGCAUUUCUAUUGAUAUUAAAGCAAGGUGAUUUUGACAAAUAGAUUUCAAAGCAUGCGUUGUGCUUUCCAGUAGAAGACUUCUGUGCGUCAUGUGGUACAUAACUAAGCUAAAAUAAGCAUUGAGAUGCUUGUACACUUUUAAAAGCAUGUCUUAAUUUAGAGCGACAAUGCUUCAGUAAAAUGUACACAAACACAACAAAAGGUUAAGUAAAAUUCACUUUAAGCGGAGAAUUGGAAUGUAAACUUUCUUUGAGAAGUUCUAAUUAAGGCUAAAAAUAAUAGUGUGUAGACUUUAAUUUACUAGCAAUUUCAGCAUGAAAACUGUUUCCUAGUUUUUUUUAUAAGUAAAUCCCAUUCCAUAUUUUUUUCAGUGUUUUAAAGUCCAGCUUUUAAGCUUUAAGUCGACACCCAUUUUGUGUUGCUUAAGUAAGAAGUUAAUGAAUUAAUUAGAUUUUUUUUUUUUUUAGCACAGAGCAUCAAAAGUAUGACAGGAUAUGUAUUUAUUAUUAUUUAAGCCACUUAAGAGCAAGUAUACAGUAUAUGCCUGCAUGUCAGACAACAUGUCUAAUAUGUACCUAAAUCUCCUAUAUAUCAAAUUUACCUAAAAACUGACAAACUUUGAAGAAAAAGUUUUUAAUGCAACAGUAAUUUUGGCACUGCCUUUGAUUGUUUAUGAAACGUAUGUUUAGAAAUUAUGGCAUUUUCUCUCAAUUACUAGCACUUGGCUGUAUUGACAGCAACGACGAACCAUAAAUGCAAACCACCACGUUGGCCACAACGCGAGACUUACAGAUUCGACGCAGAAGUGUAAACUGUUUACAACAGAAAGUGCGUCAUUUAUGAAAAACGUGACUUAUAAUGCUGAAAUUGUAAUACACAAUAAAAACAACCAUUUUUUGAAAGUAGUCAACCGUUUAUAAACCCACACUUACAACGAACCACGUUGAGGGGCAUGGAGAAUUUAAAAACGUGCGAACAAAUCACCCGGAAAAUCACGCAUAAACAUCGAACGCGCAUGCAGAACCUCAUUUCCCGCGCUAAAGAAUCGAAUGUUUGUAACACGCACUCUGGAAGCGCAUUAAUUGGUGAAAUAGAAUGGGGAAAAAUCGUGGUAAAAUGUAGCAGGCGUUCGACUAAAGCGCUGAUCACGUGACUCCCGCAGUAGGCCUGCUGUCUGUUGUCAGUGGACGGAGAGGGAGGAAAGAACAUGGCGGCUGCGAGCGACCUGAAGCGGGGCACCGGGCGUUCGUUUUGAGCUUUCUCGCGUUAACCGAGACCGGGGCUCCGCGGGACUAGUGCAUCCUCACAUACACGGGAUUAUAUUUGCAGUGGUACCCGAAAUUCCGGGUUUUAUGCGUGUAAAGAGCGCGCAAAACGUGAAACUGAAGAGAAUAGAUUUUUAUCCAUAAUGAGGGGGAGACGAGGCAGGCCGCCCAAAACCCCGCUAACGCAGGAGCCCUCUUCGGGAUCGGUGCGCGGGUUGAGACCCCGCAGGACAUUAAAGCCGAAGGUGAGAGGGAGCUCCGAUGAGGAUUUUGUCACUCCGAAACGGGGGAGCCAGCACCAUUCAACACGAGGCCGGAGGAAAGUGCGAUCCGCGGGAUUGAGAGGCAGAGGAAGAGGCAGAGGAACGGGCAGAGGCAGGGGACGGCGGAGCACCGCGAGUGGGGUGGUGUACGAUGACCACGAGAGCGAUGAAGAGGACGACGAUGCGGUCAGUUUGCGAUCGGAGGGGGACGACUACAUCGCGGAGCCUCUUACGGAUGAUGAAGAAGAAGAAGAAGAGGAGGAGGCCAUCAACGAUGAAUCGGACUACCUGGAAGAUCUGGAGGUAGAGGAUGAAGACGAUGCCAGUUUCUGCACCGAGAGCAGCCACGGCAGCACUGCAGUAGGUCGGAGAAGGCCUAGACCAAGACGGCCACCUUCUCCUAUUUUGGAACAGAAGGAGAUUCCUGCUUUGAAGUUGCCCAGUUCUUCUGAGGACCUUCUCAUUACCAAUGAACAGCUUCUUAACGCAUCGGCUGUGUAUGAGGUCCUUCGCAGCUUUAGCACAGUCUUGCGGCUGUCUCCAUUCCGCUUUGAGGACUUCUGCGCUGCUUUGGUUGGACAGGAGCAAUGCACGCUAAUGGCUGAGACACACAUCUCUCUCCUGAAAGCUAUCUUACGGGAGGAGGACACUUCCAACACCACCUUUGGACCAGCGGACCUUAAAGACAGCGUUAAUUCCACUCUCUACUUCAUUGACGGGAUGACCUGGCCAGAGGUGGUGCGUGCAUACUGUGAGAGUGACCCGGAAUAUCACCAUGUUCUCCCUGACCUAGAGGGCGAAGAAUACCCCUUCAGCCCUUUGGAGAGCAAAGUCAAGGUCUUGCAGUUCCUGGUGGACCAAUUCCUCACCACCAACCUCGCCCGUGAGGAGCUGAUGUCCGAGGGGGUUGUUCAGUAUGAUGACCACUGCCGGGUGUGCCACAGACUGGGCGAUCUGCUCUGCUGUGAGACCUGUUCGGCGGUGUAUCACCUGGAGUGUGUGAAGCCUCCUCUGCAGGAGGUACCCGAGGACGAGUGGCAGUGUGAGAUUUGUGUGGCGCACAAAGUUCCUGGUGUAACGGACUGUUUGACAGAGUUUCAGAAGAACCGGCCGUACAUCCGGCAGGAGCCCAUUGGUUACGAUCGGCAUCAAAGAAAAUACUGGUUUCUCAACAGGAGGAUUGUUGUGGAGGAGGAUGGAGAUGAUGAAAAUAAGAAGACCUGGUACUACAGCACUAAAGUCCAGCUGGGUGAGUUAAUGGAGGUUCUGGAUAAAGGCUUCUGGGAAAGCGACCUCUGUUCUGUGCUGGAGGAGAUUAGAGAGGAGAUCCAUUCUCACAUGGACAUCACAGAGGAGCUCACUAACAAGGCCCGUGGAAAUAACAAAGCAUACCUCACUGUUGCCAAUGAUGUGAUCUUGGACCGUCUAAAGGCCAAGCAGGAGGCAGAGCUUGAGGAGCUAAAACGACGGGCAGCAGAGGAGGCCGAGAAGGCCAGACAGGAAUCUGAAUCACAGUCUUGUGAACAAGGUGUGACCAAUGCAAUGACCCCUGCAAACGGAUCGUGUCCGCAACAAGACUCCAGUGCACCUACUUCUGCAAACACUGCUCCAGCUGAUGAGGAAGGCAGCACCGGUAUUCCCAAGCCCACGGCAAGCAUCUCAGCCAUACCGCCUAAAACCGACUCUCCAAGUCCCACAGGGAAUGCCACGACUAUGUCUUCCAAUACUGUGGAGAAAGGUGAACCUGCAGAGGGGGUGAAAGACUUGGCAGGUAAGAGCUCAGAGUCUGUAGGUCAGGGUGAUGGGGAUUCUGUACUAGAAACUGAACCUCCGCAGACAGCAGAUGAGAACAGCUGCAGCAGUCAUUUCUCCAUCUCUGACUGCCUGCGACCUCCGGAAGAGUCUGACCUGGUAGACCGCUCCUCACAGUCUUCACUAAACAGCCAGGAUGAUGCAGGUGAAGGUAAAACUAAUGGAGAUGGCACAAAGACAGGUUCUUCACGCAUGGUUACACGACUCCGGAACCCUGACAGCAAGCUCAGCCAGCGCAAGGUUAUGCAGGACAAAGACUGCAGCUCUCAGGAUGGUAGUAAAGCACUUAGAGAGACUCCUCCACUGUCAUCUUUUGGCUCUUUCAAGAGAGAUUCAUCCAAGCAGACUGGCAGUGGCUUUUUCAAGCUGGGCCACGAGGGCAAAUUCCGUGUGUACCACAACCAGUACAGCACUAACACACUUGCGCUGAACAAGCAUCAACACCGUGAGGACCACGACAAACGUAGGCAUCUUUCCCACAAGUUCUGCAUGACCCCGGCUGGUGAUUUCAAGUGGAAUGGAUCAUUAUAUGGCUCAAAAGCACUGACGGUGUCCACUCUAAGAUUAACCAUCAUCCAGCUAGAGAACAAUGUCCCUGCUCCAUUCCUACAUCCAAACUGGGCUUCACACAGGUCAAACUGGAUAAAGGCUGUCCAAAUGUGCAGCAAAGCGAGAGAGUUUGCUUUGGCUUUGGCCAUUCUGGAGUGUGCAAUAAAACCAGUGGUCAUGCUCCCAAUAUGGAAGGAUUCUUUGGGUCACACAAGGCUUCAUCGUAUGACCUCUGUGGAGCGGGAAGAGAAAGAGAAGGUAAAAAAGAGGGAGAAAAAACUGGAGGAUGAAGAGACAAUGCAGCAGGCCACAUGGGUGAAGUACACGUUCCCCAUUAAACACCAGGUGUGGAAACAGAAGGGAGAGGAGUACAGGGUAACUGGUUAUGGAGGCUGGAGUUGGAUAAGUAAGACCCACGUCCAUCGCUUUGUCCCAAAGCUACCUGGAAACACCAACGUCAACUAUCGGAAAGCACUUGAGGCAGCUAAAACUGGAACGGACAAUCAGGCAGCUCUCUCAAAAACCCCUAAAACUUUGGAAAAAACAGAUAAAGUCUCUACUCAAAAUGUGUCUGAAAAGGAUAAUGUCCAGAUCACAUCACUGGAUUCUUCUGAAGAACAGCCAUCUGUGGAGAAAGAUCAUGUGUUAAAAGAGGAAAAAGUUGAGGAAAAAGUUGAGGAAAAAGUGGUUGAAAAAGAGGAUGAAAAUUUUGAAGAAAAGAGUGAUAAAGAAAAUGGAUCUGUGGAAAAAAUGGACACUAGCGCUCCUCACUCUGAUGUAAAUGAAGAUAAAGCUAACAUUUCAAAUGAUUCACCCACAUCAAAUGAGUCUCCUUUCAAAGGAGAGUCUAUUGAAAGUGAGGUGAUGAAGGAUAGUGCUCUGAGUGAACCCCAACAGUCCUUCUGCUCUGAUGUUGUGAACGUCAGUGAGGGCUUCCUGCAACGCAUUGCGUACAAGAAAAUAGUUAAGGCUUCAAAACUUGAUGGCCUUCUGGAGAGGCGGGUCAAACAGUUUACCAUUGAAGAGAAGCAGAGAUUGGAGAAACUCAAGCAGACUACAGUUUCUAAACCCUCCACUGCAAAGGUCAUGGAGAACAAGGUGACAACCAUUGCUGCUCAAGACCAAAAGGUCAAGAUUGAAGGAAAUAUCCCUGAAACUCUGAAAUAUACCCAGGCAGAUGGGGUAGCAGACCCAGCAAUACAGCAAAAAGACCAUGUGGUCAAAAAGCUUGAUUUUAACCAAGAGGAAGAGCAAGUAAGUAUAAAUACUUCAGGACAGAAGAAUAACUUGGAUGUCAGGUUAAAUGAUUUCGGUGACACUGCCCGUGAAGAACAUCAACAAAAAUCGGCAGAAACAGAAUCUAAAGCACCCAGUCGGGUAGCAAUGUCUGAGCUUAAUGGAAACUCGCAAAGUCUUGAUCCAAGUGUUCAACAAAAUGCUAAACCCGAUAAAACCAUCUCCGAAGGUCUUACACCAGAAGACCCUGAGAAAAAGACUGUGGUUGAAAACAAUGAGAAUAACCUUGAUGUAGAAAAAGCUGUGCAAUUAAAUGGGAAAGAUGGUCCUGGGGAUUCGCUAUGUAAGAAUUUGAAUGAUAAUGUCAACCCGAAGGAGCUAACCAAUAGCCUUGGGGAGGAAAUCAAAGCAAUAUCAUCAAAGGAACCAGUGAAGUCUCUAAUGAAUGGUGAUUCCACUCAAGAGGGUCUUAAAGAAUGGACUCGUAGCACAAUUCCUGAAGAGGAAACUGAAGGAGAGAAAGAAGUUACCAAGUUUGACCCUGAUUAUCUACCACCUCAGAAAGUGGCUAAGUUGGAAAACGACACUGAAGGAACUUUAGACUCUUCUGUUAGUUACACUGUACCUAAACCUUCAGUAGCUUCCGAGCCAAACAUAAGAUCCGAGGUGCCUAGUAAAAGCUCCAAGGUGGAGCUGAUGCAAGUCGAGGAGUCCAAGUCUCUUGUACCUUCUCCCGUCCCAUCAGCGGAAGAGUCCAGCCUAAGCAGCGACCUCACCGAAAACUGUAGCAACGGGAGCAAGAUAACAACCGUCAUUACUCAAGUCACUAAAACUACAACGACGGUAUCAACUGAGGCCCAUACGGUAUUGACGUCAAGCCUUGCUUCCAAUAACGGGAUAAGUACAUCCGUGCCUGAUUCUAAGGUGGAAUCAUCCAGCUCUGUUUCAAAACUCUUUACUACAACUACCACUUCUGUUACCAAGGUCACAAACUCAUCCCAGGAAGCCAUGGUAACAAAAGAGUCCAAGACAAUUGUAACGGAAACUCUGACUGAUACAAAGUCUGGUCCUAGUGGUUCCUCAGUGACAUCCAUGACAGUAAGUCAAGAAUAUUCCACCAGGGACAGAGUACGACUGUUAAAGUUCUCUCGCAUCAAGAAAACACGAUCCGGGACAGCCUUGCCUUCGUACCGCAAGUUUGUAACCAAGAGUAGCAAGAAGAGCAUCUUUGUGCUUCCCAACGACGAGCUAAAGAAGCUUGCCAGACGCAGUGGCAUUCGUGAAGUUCCUAUAUUCAACUAUAAUGCCAAGCUAGCCUUGGAUAUCUGGCCCUACCCAUCUCCGCGACCAACAUUUGGAAUCACAUGGAGAUACCGACUCCAGACAGUGAGGUCUCUGGCUGGGGUAAGCCUGAUGCUACGGCUGCUCUGGGCCUGCCUCAGAUGGGACGAUAUGUCUGUAAAGCCUUCACCUGCUGUCGGGACAACACGGACAGAAACAUCUGACACUGAUAUCACCACCACCGAGAUCAUCAAGCGGCGAGAUGUUGGGCCUUACGGCAUUCGUUCAGAGUAUUGCAUCAGAAAGAUAAUCUGUCCCCUCGGGGUGCCUGAGACUCCCAAAGAGACUCCCACACCUCAAAGAAAAGGCCUACGAUCCAGUGCUCUGAGACCAAAGAAACCAGAACCAGCGAAGCAGACAGGGCCUAUUGUGAUUGAAACCUGGGUGGCUGAGGAAGACCUGGAACUAUGGGAGAUUCGAGCCUUUACUGAAAGGGUUGAGAGGGAGAAGGCACAGGCAGCUGACCCGACUAAGGUUAGUGUGCAGAAGAAGGCAGAGGAGGUCAAGGCCCAAUUGGAAGCUCAGCUUAAGCAGCAGAGAUUGGCAGCCCAGCAGAAACGGUUGGAGCAGCAAAAACCUGCAGGCACCAGCAGCACAUGCACCCUGACCAGCACACCUACGACCCCUGGAACCACCCCUCAGAAGGUGGUGGUGGGGGCUGUUGGCGGUCCGGUAACUACAGUGCCAAAAGUGGUGAUGACCACCAAGCUUGGCUCUCCGGUAACAUUCCAGCAAAACAAGAACUUCCAGCAGUCCUUUGCUUCCUGGGUCAAGCAGGGCCAAGGCAAUACAGUCUCCACCAGUUCUGUUGUGACUGUGGCGGCGAGUAGCGCCACCACGUCCGGGCAAACGUUCCACAUCACAGCUGCUGCGGGGUCGAUGGCCGGCAGUGUCAUCGCAGCUAAACUGCCUGUUCCAGCCAACAGCAAGAUAGUCACAGUGAACAUGCCAACAACGCAAGGAGGGUUGGUGCAGGUACAGCAGAAAGUGGUGGGCAUCAUUCCAUCAAGCACAGCAGGCAGUGCACAGUCCUUUCCCUCAUUCCAGCCCCGUGCUGCCACUAUUAACAUCAGACCCAACACUAGCACCUCCACACAACAGGUCGUUACAACUGGAACUCUCCGUCCGGGGAUGGCAAUGAUACGUUCUCCACUGCAACAGACCACCACCCUUGGCAAGACUAUCAUUCGUGCUCCCCUGAUGGUUCAACAAGGUCAAGGGCAACAGGCAGUUCAGAGCAGUACUGGAGCUCAGGCGAUGGGCACCCCACCUCGCCUCUCUGUACCAACCCAGCCCCAGACCCCUCAGACACCCUCUGGUCCCCGACCGCAACAGGGUCAGGUCAAACUCACCCUCGCUCAGCUUACACAGCUUACCCAGGGGGCUCAGGGUGGGAACCAGGGCUUGACUGUAGUGAUCCAAGGGCAAGGUCAGACCACAGGCCAGCUGCAGGUUAUCCCUCAGGGUGUGACGGUCAUUCCAGGCCCCGGUCAACAGCUCAUGCAGGCAGCCAUGCCCAAUGGCCAAGUCCAGCGGUUUUUGUUCACGCCCAUGUCCAAUGCAGCUGUGUCUGCACCCACUGUCCCUUCCACAACAACCUCAAUGGGCACCCCAACCACACCUGUCCCAGCUGCUACCAGCAACACCAUCACCACCCCAGCAGCACCCAUACAACCAGCAAUUCAACCUGCUCCACAACUCCAACCUCCAACUGCACAUCCACCCACCUCAUCUCUUCCCCCAUCACAACCGCAGCAACUCGCACCCACUCUAGUCCCAACCGCCACCAUUCCCAAACUGACUCCCACUCCACAACCCCGCCCACCCGUACAGCUCCUGCCUCAACUGCAGGCCCCUCCUCAAACCUCCAUCAAACCCCACACAUCUGCAACCGCCCCUGCCUCUCAGAUAGCACAAGUUACACCUCCCGCACCUGCCCAACAGGUCACCACCAUUCCCGUUGCCCCGCAGGUCACCACCGUAACCACAGUCCAGCCGCAGAUCCAGCUUCCCCCACAGCUCCUCAGCGUUCCCGGGCUGCAACAGCAGGUCAUCUCUCACAUCCAGAGUCAGGUAGCAGCCCAUAUUCAGGCUCAGGUCCAGCAGGCUGGUACAGCAGCUGGGAUUCCCCAGCAGAUCAAACUGCAGCUGCCCAUUCAGAUCCAGCAGCAAGGCGGAGGGCAAGUCCAAACCCACCAGAUCCAGAACCUGGUGACGAUCCAGACAGCUAGCGUACAAGAACAGCUCCAGCGCAUACAACAGCUCUGUGAACAACAGCAGCAGAAGAAGAAACAGCAGGAGGUGAAGAGAGAGCAAGCCCAGCAGAACACCAGUCAGAGUGACCUGCUGCAGAAACAGGUGGCUCAGAAGCAGAAUGUGGCCAUAGAACAGUUAAAGCAGAAGAAGACCAUGACUCCUACUGAAAGAGAGGAGAACCAGAGGAUGAUUGUUUGUAACCAGGUAAUGAAGUUCAUCCUGGAUAAAAUCGAUAAGGAUGAGAGGCAGGCAGCCAAAAAGAGGAAACGGGAGGAGUCGGUCGAGCAGAAGCGCAGUAAGCAGAAUGCUAGCAAGCUCUCAGCGCUGCUCUUCAAACACAAGGAGCAGCUGAAGGCUGAUAUUCUGAAGAAGAGAGCUCUGCUCGAUAAAGAGCUGCAGCUACAAGUGCAGGAGGAGUUGAGGAGAGAUCUCAUUAAACUGAGAAGAGAGAAGGAGAAAGCUCAGGCUGCAGCCGCACAAGCGGCAGCAGCAGCAGCGGCGGCGGCCGCCGCCAGCGCUCACACACAUGCCGCCCUCUCCACAUACACACCGACGGUUACUUCCCCCUCCUCCACACACAAACGCAAGCGGGACGAGGAGAGAGAUUCCGCCUCAAAGUCAAAGCGAAAAAAGAUGAUUUCCACUACCUCAAAGGACAGCAAGAGAGACAUCAAGCUAUACUGCAUCUGCAAAACACCCUACGAUGAGUCCAAGUUCUACAUUGGUUGUGACCUGUGCUCUAACUGGUAUCAUGGAGAGUGUGUGGGCAUCACAGAGAAAGAGGCCAAGAAGAUGGAUGACUACAUCUGUUCAGAAUGUAAACGAGCACAGGAGGGCAGCACAGAGGAACUCUACUGCAUCUGCAGAACUCCAUAUGACGAGUCACAGUUCUACAUUGGUUGCGACCGCUGUCAGAACUGGUAUCACGGUCGCUGCGUGGGCAUCCUGCAGAGUGAAGCCACACACAUCGAUGAGUAUGUGUGCCCACAGUGCCAGUCUACAGAGGAUGCUAUGACUGUCUUGACACCGCUCACAGAUAAAGACUAUGAGGGGUUAAAGAGAAUACUGCGCUCCUUACAGUCUCAUAAGAUGGCAUGGCCAUUCCUGGAACCAGUAGAUCCGAAUGAUGCUCCAGAUUAUUAUGGGAUCAUCAAGGAACCAAUGGACCUAUCUACGAUGGAGGAAAGAAUACAGAAACGCUUUUACAGCAAACUUACAGAGUUCGUAGCGGACAUGACCAAAAUCUUCGACAACUGCCGCUACUACAAUCCCAGCGACUCACCUUUUUACCAGUGUGCAGAGUUCCUGGAAUCCUUCUUUGUACAGAAGCUCAAAGCUUUCAAAGCAAGCAGAUUGUGAUGACAUUGUGGCUGAAGUGGUGGAGUCUUUAUUUGAAAUCAUGGAACUUGCUCUUUUAUAAAUAGUGGAAACUGAUGUACAUUUAAAUGAAAUAACUCACAUGUUUGGAAAAAAAAAUCAGUCAUUGAAACACUUGCGAUGCCUUGAUUGACAAUCUGAGAGCGGCAGCCAUGUUGAAGUGCUAUGAACACCGUAAUCAAGGGAAAUGCUUUGCGUGCAUACAUGCUCAUAUGUGUAAUUCUGUUUUCUGGUCACGUGAUGUUAUUUAUAAUGUAUACGCUGAUGCAUGAACAUUUAUCACACAAACGUUUUGUUAGAUUGGCUGAUUAAAGACGUUUUACAAGACUGCUGUUCAGUUUUAUUGUAAUGUGCUUAACAACUGCUUGUUUCAACUGGUUGGUUGGUCUUUCCAGGUAUUCAUUGACAAACCUAGUGAACUACAAAAUGCAUAGUCGACUUUCUAAAUAGUCGGUUUCAAAUUGCUUGAAGGAAAAAUAGAUAUGUAAUGCCAUUUGUCAGGGUAUACAAAUAUUUUUAAACCCUUUUGUUAGGACUUCUAUGUUGAAAUAAAGGACCAUGCUUUAAAACUAAUUUUCAAAUUGUAUUUUUUUUUUCUUAGAUGAAUCUAGACUAAAAUGCAUUCCCUUUGCAUUAUGACAACAUGGCUGCCAUUCCUAUGAACACUUGAGGGCCCCCCAACUAGUCUUGUUUUAUUUGCAAAUGUUCAAUAAAACCCAAAGGGCUCUUAACGUCGUUUUCUCUGUUCUGUAGGUCGCAUAACAACAAACUUCAGUCAUCAGCCUCAUAGAAUACAACCACAUGCUGUUCUAAUAAACGUUGAACAUUUAGUUCAAGAUGGAACUUUAUCCCAGUCAACCAGCAUCGCACAUAGCCGCAGUGUUUGUUGGAAUAUUGGACAUAGACGCUGAGGCUUGGAUCAAGAAUGAACAGUUUACAUUUUUGAUCGUUAAAGCAAUGAGUUUUGACUGGGAUCUCCUUGUCUCAUGUUUCUUUAUGGAAUUAAAUGCCUACGAAAAUGUUUUGUGAGUUUUCUAAACCCUCCCGAAUCAUGUUCGCAUUAUCCAGGACAACAGCCGUCUAUCAUGGGUGCAACCAUUGUUUUUAACUUGAUACGUAAGAUUCAGCAUACUACUUCAAAAGUGGAAUGUGGACGCAGGUGGCUAAUUGGUUUUUAAGCAAUGGGGAAGAACGAGUACCUAAAAUAAGACCUACUGUAAGAAUGCAUUAAAGACUGAAACAUGCUCAAAUCAAGAAGGUAUCUUGUUUGUAUAACUUGUCUUUUUUUUUUUUUUUUUUUUUGUAUUACAACUGAAGAAAUAUUGAUGUAUAUGAAACAAAUAAAUGGAGGGGACGGGAUUCUCUCUUCUACAUUGAUUAAUAUGUCUCUAUAUUCUCUUCAGUUUAAAGUUAUUAACCCUGAGUAGGAUUCUAUGCAUUUGGAUAAUUCCAAUUUGCAAGGAAAGGCCUGACAGUUUGGACUUUUUAACACAAUGUACUUGUCAAAAUUAAUAUUUUUGUCUAGGUAAUUGUGUAACCAAAAGAAGUGCACAAUAAACCCCACAAAUAAUAUUUUCUAUGUUUAUAGUAAUUGAUACACCAAUUCAUCACUAUAAAUCAUUUUCUCUGAAGUGAACUUUGUGUUAAUUUUAAGUGCACUUUUCCAGUCUUGGUACAAAAUGUGUAUGACAAUAACAUGUAUUGUUUCAAUCUAUGAGUUAAAGGGAUAGUUCACCCAAAUGUGAAAAUACUCUCAUUGUUUAUUCACCCUCAUGCCAUCCCAGAUGUGUAUGACUUUCUUUCUUCUGCAGAACACAAAUGGAAAUUUGGGUUUAAUAAGAACAUCUCUAUGUAGGUCCAUACAAUGCAAGUGAAUGGUGACCAAAGCACAUAAAGGGAGUAUAAAUGUUAUCGGUAUGACUGCAAAGUGUUUUAAUCCAAGUCUUCUGAAGCGAUAUGAUCUAUUUUGGGUGAGACUAAAACAAUAGUGAAUAACUACGUUUUCACUAUAAAUCUUGACGAUCGUGAUUUCAAGCUCGAUUACACUUGUCUAGUACUUUGUGCAGGCUUCAAGCUUUAGGAAGUGUAAUCGAGCUUGAAAUCAUGUUUGUGCCUAGAGGCUUCAAUGGCAAGAUUUACAGUGAAAAAGGAGUUAUAUUUUGGUCUGUCCUCACCCAAAAUUAGAUCGCUUAAGAAGACAUGAAUUAAACAACUGGAGUCAUUAUAGAUUACUUUUAUACUUCAUUUAUGUGCAUUUUGGAGCUUCAAAGUUCUGAUCACCAUUCACUUGCGUUGUAUGGACCUACAGAGCUGAAAUAUUAUUCCAAAAAUCUUUUGUGAUCUGCAGAAGCAGGAAAGUUAUACACACCUGUUAUGGCAUGAGGGUAAUCAUAUGAUGAGAUCAUUUUCAUUUUUGGAUGAACUAUUGCUUUAAUAACUAGUUUAAUCCUUGCAAUACUUCUACAAAGUCUGUAUGUCAACAAAAAUCUAUUUUCAUGGAUCAUUUGUUUUAAGUCUACAAAGCCAGCACUUAAAAUCUGGUCUUCAUUUCAUUUAAUUUUUAAGUAGUUCCUGAAGGGCCUCCGGGAUUACUGAAUUACAAUCUAAAUAAACAAU